AUGAACAAAGCUUUCUUGGUCUUCACAGUACUAGUAUGGCGCGCCACCGCACAAGCACCGCCGGCGGCGGUGGUGCCACCGGAGGCUCAGGGAUAUCUUGAAGCUCACAACAAAGCAAGAGCCGACGUCGGUGUGGCUCCACUCAAGUGGAACAUCCAGCUGGGUAAAGCCACGAGCUUACUGGUGCGAUUUCAGAGAGAUCGACAAAACUGCCAGUUUGCCAACUUAACGAGCGGGAAGUACGGCGGAAACCAGAUGUGGGCCACCGGCGAGGUGGUGACGCCGCAGACGGUGGUGGACAACUGGGUCUCGGAGAAGACGUAUUACACUUACGCCAAUAAUUCAUGUGCACCUAGCCACCGGUGUGGGGUGUACACGCAGGUGGUGUGGCGGAACUCGGCGGAGCUGGGCUGUGCUUUGGCUAGGUGUUCUAAAGAUCAGUCAACUUUAGCGAUUUGCUUUUAUAAUCCGCCGGGGAAUGUGAUCGGAGAAAGCCCUUAUUGA